GAUGUUCACUUUAUUCUACGAAUAUGCAUUGCUACAUUGCCAUUGCAUUUUGCCUGUUCGCUCUUUUGGAUUUGACAAACGGGGUGAACGAAAAGGAAAGGUCUACUUAUUGUGUACGCGGCACGUGCUGGGAUCAAAGAUAUAAUAUGUGGUCCUCGGGAAAAUAAAUGCGGUGAACGCUAGUAUUCAGAA